AUGGUCAACAUUGCAUUUCUUGGACCCUUGGGCACAUACACUCACCAAGCUGCUCUUCAACAGUUCCCCGAUAAAGAUGCUAACUACAUACCACUUGCAGGCAUUCCACAAUGUUUUGAAGCGCUAAUUAAGGAUGCGUCGUUGGACUUCGCAGUAGUACCGCUGGAAAACUCAACUAAUGGCCAAGUGGUAUUCACAUAUGACUUGCUGAGGGAUUUGAUGAAUAAUUGUAAGGAAUACAAGGGCAAUGAGGCGAUCCCCGAGCUUGAAGUUGUCGCUGAGCAGUAUGUGUCUAUUGAAUUGUGCCUGAUAGCUGCCCAACCGAUGAGCCUCGACGAUCUCAACAGCGAAACGCGCGUUACCAUCCACUCACAUCCACAGGUUUGGGGCCAGGCCAGUUCUUACCUAAAAAAUCUGGGUCAAAGGGUGCAAGAGCUGAAGACAGUCGAUUCGUCCUCCACAUCAGGAGCCGUAAAAAUAUGCUGCGAGGCAGGCCAACCCAGCGGUAAUGAAGUGGUGCUCGCCAUCGCAAGCAGAACCGCUGCUACUGUAAAUGGCGCGGCAAUAGUUGAUAGUCCCAUCAAUGACAGAAAAGGAAACACUACAAGAUUUUUGACUUUAAGACGAAGGUCUACAGACUUUCCUCCAAUACCAGCCAGACCCCCAGUUGCUAAAGGAGUAGAGCAAGUAGCUUUACUGACCUUUAUAGGAAAGCAGGAUACCAGUCCGGGAAGCCUGGUUGAUGUCUUGAACGUAUUGAAAGACCACGAAAUCAACAUGUGCUCCAUUAGCUCUCGCCCGUAUCACCACCCAGACAGUAGCAGCAAGGCCGACGAGAGCGCGCAUCGCAAGUGGCAGUACAUUUUCUUCAUUGAGUUCAAUCACGCUGACGGCGUAAGUUGGGACCAAGUUGUCCAUGAAAUGGGAUCCAAGACCUUGAAAUUCUGUUUUUGGGGGACCUUUUACCGUAACGGGAGGUACUACGAGACUUCAACAUAA